AUGAUGGGACAUCGGCCGCCAAGCUUUGGAGUGGAAAAGAGGUCCCAGCAAGCCCACAGCUCGCCGGCAAGACAGCGACGGAAUAGAUGGCGAUCGGCCCGCAUGAAGCUGCAGCGGAAGGUUCGAAGAGUCAUUGCACUUACAACUUGCUCGGCGCCGGAAGUUCAGCAGAGCGCGGGUGCUUCCAAACAGGCUCAGCCGCAAGACCAUAGUGCAGCUGGCGACUUCCGUGAUGUGCUCGCCUCCUUCAUGCGUUGCUCUGAGCUGGUUACCGCAUGUUUUGUCAGCAAGUGGACGGCUCCCCAUGCAAAGGCGCCCGGACGGAGAUUCCGGGACCUUUUUCCCGUGCCUCCCCUCCGAGAGUGGCCACUGGAUGUUCUGCUCGACGGCUUGGGCGCGCAAGUGUGCCUUGACGUGGCAAAUUGGUGCCUCGGAGCACUGAACUGCUUAGAAUUGGGGUUGAAGUCUGACUUCCGCCACGGCGAGAUGAACACUUUCCCUUCUGCGCCGCAAGCAUCUGCCCAAAAGCAUGUGUGCUGCAGGGUGGUGCGUUUUCUGGCACGACUUAAUGGUGAGUGUGGCGCAACUCUUUCAUGGGAAGGCUCCUUCAGCGCGUGCGAGCAAGCUGGGAUGGCGCAGUAUGAGGACAUCCGCAGCACGGCUGUUGAUUUGCCUGCUAAGGCCGGCACUUGCUGCCCUGCUCGGAUCAUCUCUCCACAACUGCGGGCCUUGAUCUCCGAUGCUUCUGAAAUUUUCCCUGGGCGCACCUGCGCGACACCUUUCGUCGCGGCCAAGGUUCCGGGAUCAAAGCGAUUGGAGUAUGUGCGGCUCACUGCACGUGAGCUCAGAUGUGGAAAGCUUCGCCUUCGGAAACAUGUCCAUGGACAAGGGUCAGUUUCUGCAGCUCGAAAAUCGAAGGGGCGGCAACGCAAGAUAUGGGAUGGCUCCUACUUGUCUGAGCGAGCAAGCCGUCCGCCUAAGCCCAGGCGGCUCGCUAACCCGAGCAGUUUCCUGGACCUGGAGGUGGCGCCAGGGGAAACACUUCUUUUCUCCAAGAGGGAUGCGGCAACGUGCUUCGACACACUCACAGUCCCUGUGGAGUUAAGGAGCUGGUUUGGACAGCCACCAGUGAGGGUCAAGGACCUCGUUGCAGCGGGCCUGAGCUUCGACGAGAUUCAUGGCAUGUGUGAUGAUGUGCCCGUGGGUGAUGUGAAGUCAAGCCUACAGCUUUUCCCGGUACAUUGCACAUGGCCCAUGGGUUUCUCAUGGUCUUCAGCUGUUGCGCAGGAUACCACAGUUGCUACCUGCAUGCAAGCGGGCAUCAGCGAGCACAACAUCAUCUCCUUGGAUUGCGAUCCCCCAAGCUGUCAUGACGAGGUUUGCUUUGUGGCCACUGAUGACACAAUCCUGGUGCACAAACAUGCAGCGCAUGGAAACCGAACCCUUGAGAGCUUGGAUGCAGCUUUUGCGUGCAAUGGAAUCCCGAGGAACCAUGAGAAGGAUAUUUCGCUGCAACCCCAUGUGACAGCUUUGGGUUGCGAUUUGUCCAAUCACCCGGCACUCGUGGAACCAAAUUCCGCAAAGAUGGCCGAGACGGUGCGUAGAGCCAUAGACCUUCUCGUCUCCAGACAAGCUUCUCCUCGGGCACUCAAUGCUCAUAUCGGCAUCUGGCAGUGGUUUGCAUUGAUGCAACGGGGCUUGUUUAGCAUUUUUGAUGCUGUGUACGCCUUUGUUCAGAAGCAACCUACGUCCCAGGUUAAUAGGCUUACCGAAUCUUGCCUCAAUGAAGUCCUGACUCUGUUGCUGCUGGCUCCCCUCUUGCCGGCAAGCCUGGACCGCCAGCCGUGCCCGAAGCUCAUUGCAUCAGAUGCUGCGCCUGAAUUCGGUUUUGGGGUUUGCGCUUGCGAUUGCUCUCUGGAGGAGGCGGCUGGUGUCUGUCGCAUGGCUGAACGCAGGGGCGACUAUGUACGCUUGACAGCUGAUGCAAAUUCUGCUGAAGAAGAGAUACCCAGACGGGGUCGACAGCGGCGCCUGAACUUGCAUCGUAAAGACUUCAAGACUAUCAUAUCCGCCAAAGCUAAAUGGAAAGCACAUUCUGGGGUGCCUGAGACUCAUGCUUACCUGCUGGCGUUGAAGUGGACAACCCGCCAGACUGUCUUACAUCACCGCAAGAUUCCAUUUUUAGUGGAUGCCAAGGCUGUGUUGGGGGCAGUGACAAAGGGCCGCAGUUCGGCGAGGGCAUUGCGCACGUCGCUACGGGGAGCUGCCGCGCAUGUGCUCGCGGCAAACAUCUUGCCCAGACUGGUUUACGUCCCGAGCGAAAGCAACCCAGCAGAUGCACCAUCAAGAGGCAAGAGCUUGCCUCGGACCUCACGCCUGCGAUAA